AAAUUGAAUACGAAGCGAAGACGAAUCAUGAAUAUAGUCUGAAAAAUCUUAAGCCAAAGAGAAGAAAUCCGUCAAAUAGAUCUGAUUUGGUGUAUGUUGAGGAUCUUGUAAUGGGAGUUCAGCAUGCGCUCUAUUCAACUCUAACAGAAUUCAAUGGGAAUGUGGAAGACGAGAAUGACCUGGAGUGCCUUAUUGACCUGCAAUUUAGUGCACUCCAAAAGGCAAUGAAGAUACCUCACAAGGCUUCAGAAGCACGGUUAAUGGUAUCCAAGAAGUUACUUGCUCUAUUCAGGACAGGUAAGCUUGGUCCUUUCAUUCUUGAUGAUGUCCCAAAGGUCAAGCCUGCAACAUAAUGUCAAUUGAAUCUUUCUACCCACCUCUCUUUUUCUGUGUAUUAGAUCUCCUACCUUUACUCCUUCCCCAUUUCUGCUAUAUGUAUUAUCUUUCAUUCUAAGUUUUGCUGUAACUUGUAAGUAAGGAUUAAUUUAAUUUAGGAAGAUAUUGAGAUUAUUUUCAGUAAAUGCGGGUAAUUUGCCAGCAUUUCAGUUCUUAAUAUUUUCGUUCCCCCAAAAA